UUUCUUAUCAAUUCUUCAGUUUUAUCGCCGUUUGUGAAAAGCCCCAAUUUCGCCGUUUGUGAAAAGCCCCAAUUUCGCCCUAAAUCUCCAUAUCCAUCGCAAUUGAUAGCUCGAAUCCAUUUUUGAGGCAUGUCUUUCUUCUUCCUCCUAAUUUCGUUAUUUGUUUCGAUUAUUUGUGAUUUCAAACAGCUUUUGAUUUCGAUAAGGGUCAGAUUUAGUUAUCUGUUUUGUUAGGGUUCGAUUUAUCUAGAUUUAUUUCGUUAUCUGUUUUUUAGGGUUCGAUUAUUUACAGAUUUUGAGAAUGUGGAGUUUCGAAUCCAUCUGUUUUGUUAGGGUUCGAUUAUUUACAGAUUUGACUCAAAAAUAGCUUUUGGAUUUGAGUAUUUGCGCCUUCAUAAACUGAACGAUUUUUUUUUUUUCCCAAGUGUUGGUGAUUGAAAUGUUGGGGAACUGAAGCUUCUCAUUUCUCUGUACUCACACAACAGAGCUGAUCCUGGUUAUAAAAGUGGAGCUUGGAAAUUUGUAAGGGAUGUGUCUGCGGCUUUAGGUGACAUAGAAAUGAUAAUAUGUCCUUGUAAAGACUGUCGUAAUGUAGUACGACAGUUAAACAGUGUUGUGGUUGAGCAUCUUGUAAUAAGAGGGAUGGAUGAGGCAUACAAGGUGCAUAGUGAUUGGUAUCAUCAUGGAGAUGUGAAGUCAGUAGAUGAAUUUCAAAGUAAACCAACUCAGUGGAAUGAGGAAGUUUUUGAGUUAUAUAAAGCUGCUGAAUUUUUUGAUCAAGAGUUGGCUUUUAGAGGUGACUUAGCUGACCAACCUGUGGGCGACUUAAGUGAGAUUGCAGAGGGUGAGGACCAACAAGAGGAUGAGUUCCUUGCAAAGAUCCGGGAUGCUGAAACCCCACUAUACCCUAGCUGUUCAAACCACAGCAAGUUAUCGGCUAUUGUGACUUUGUUUAGGAUUAAGACACAUAAUGGCUGGUCGGAUAAGAGCUUCAAUGAACUGCUUCAGACAUUGCCAAGCAUGUUGCCAGAUGGUAAUGUCUUUCACACAUCAUUGUAUGAUGUCAAGAAAUUUUUAAAGAGCUUUCAUAUGGGAUAUGAAAAGAUCGACGCAUGUGUUAAUGAUUGCUGCCUCUUCAGAAAGAAGUUAAAGAAGCUUGAUAAAUGUCCCAAAUGUAAUGCUUCACGGUGGAAGACUAAUAAGCGGACUAAUGAGGUAAAGAAAGGUGUCCCACAGAAAGUAUUAAGAUAUUUUCCAAUUAUACCAAGGCUGAAGAGAAUGUUCAGAUCAGAGGACAUGGCUAAGGACUUACGGUGGCAUUACACUAACAAGAGCACUGAUGGAAAACUUCGACAUCCAGUAGAUUCUGUUACAUGGGCUCAGAUGAAUGAGAAGUAUCCUUCAUUUGCAGCUGAAGAAAGGAACAUACGGCUUGGGCUGUCCACAGAUGGAUUUAAUCCAUUCAACAUGAAGAAUAGUAAUUAUAGUAGCUGGCCUGUGCUAUUGNAACAACGAAAAAUGUUGAACGUUAUUUCCUUUAUUUUGAACGUUAGCAACAACGAAAAAUGUUGA